CUCUCUCUCUUUCUCUCUCUCUCUCUCUCUCCACACACAAAUAUCUCCAUUUCUCUCUCACUCCCCCUCCUCAAGAACAUCCAAAUAUCUGACACUCCCCAUUUUCUUGCGCUUUCAACUCAAUUCAUCCCCAAGUUUCCCAAAUCUAUACAGAAACAGAGGUGUUCUUGUCUUGGGUUUUCUUAUCGAAAUGGCGCCUGUGAAGCAAACAGAGGAAGCCAUAGCCUUGGACCACGAAAACAGAGAGGAACAGAGUGAAGAAGACGACAGAUCCUUGGUGGGGUUCAAGAGCUUGCUCUGGCAUGGCGGCUCUGUUUAUGAUGCCUGGUUCAGCUGCGCCUCAAAUCAGGUUGCCCAAGUUCUGCUUACUCUGCCCUACUCUUUCUCUCAACUGGGGAUGCUUUCAGGGAUUAUUCUGCAGAUUUUCUAUGGGAUUCUUGGGAGCUGGACGGCCUAUUUGAUCAGUGUUUUGUAUGUUGAGUAUAGAGGCAGGAAGGAGAAGGAGAAUGUUAGCUUCAAGAACCAUGUCAUCCAGUGGUUUGAAGUGCUGGAUGGUCUUCUUGGGCCUUAUUGGAAAGCGGCUGGAUUGGCUUUUAAUUGUACUUUCCUCCUCUUUGGCUCUGUCAUCCAGCUUAUUGCCUGUGCAAGUAAUAUAUAUUACAUAAAUGACAAAUUAGACAAGAGGACAUGGACUUACAUAUUUGGGGCUUGUUGUGCCACUACUGUCUUCAUCCCUUCUUUUCACAACUACAGAAUUUGGUCAUUUCUUGGCCUCGGAAUGACCACCUACACUGCCUGGUAUUUGACAGUCGCAGCAGUUGCUCACGGCCAGGUUGAGGGUGUCAAACAUUCUGCCCCGAGCGAGUUGGUUUUGUAUUUCACUGGCGCCACCAAUAUUCUUUACACAUUUGGAGGCCAUGCCGUCACUGUGGAAAUCAUGCAUGCCAUGUGGAAGCCUCAGAAGUUUAAGUACAUAUAUCUUCUAGCCACCAUUUAUGUAUUUACUCUAACCCUACCGUCGGCCGCCGCCGUCUACUGGGCGUUCGGCGACCAACUUCUCACCCAUUCUAAUGCCUUCUCCCUCCUUCCCCGCUCUCGGUGGCGCGAUGCAGGCGUCAUUCUCAUGCUCAUUCAUCAGUUCAUAACAUUUGGGUUUGCAUGUACGCCGUUGUACUUCGUGUGGGAGAAAGUGAUCGGAAUGCACGACACAAAGAGCUUAUGUUUAAGGGCAUUGGUCCGGUUGCCGGUGGUGAUUCCGAUAUGGUUUUUAGCCAUUAUAUUCCCUUUCUUUGGUCCUAUCAACUCUGCCGUUGGAGCCCUUCUCGUCAGCUUCACUGUUUAUAUUAUUCCUGCAUUGGCUCAUAUCCUCACUUAUCGAUCUGCUUCCGCUCGACAGAAUGCGUCGGAGAAACCUCCAAUGGUGGUGGCAGGGAGCUGGACGGCUAUGUACGUGGUGAACACAUUCAUAGUGACGUGGAUUCUCGUGGUUGGCUUCGGGUUUGGCGGGUGGGCCAGCAUGGCCAAUUUCAUCAACCAAGUCGAUAACUUUGGACUUUUUGCCAAGUGCUACCAGUGCCCUCCCAAAGCGCCUCAUCGCUGAUCAGUUCCUAAGUUUGUUAUGUUUUUUCUUACCAUAAUCUUUUGUUAUUUUUACCUUCUUCAGUCCCUUUGUGAUGAAUGGCACAUUGGUUCUGGAAAUCUUAUAUGUUUGCCUGAUCAAUAUAAGCAAACUCUACAUUUUAGGGUUAUAUAUACAUAUACCAUAUUUAUAGGUUGCUAUAGAUCUUAUGAAAUUCUUCUAUCUUUGGGUUUCUCUUUCAA